AUGAAGAGAUCUCAAUCAUCUCAUCCAAUAACGGUACAAAAAAGUGACCAAUCUAUCGUGAGGCAAAGAUCUUUUCUCAUUCAUCAUGGAGCAAAUAAACAAUCGGACACUUUUGAACACGAAUUAAGUGAGCAUAAAAUUGAAAAAAUAUAUGCAGAAGCAGAGGAAUCAUUUAACAAAGGCGAUUUCGAAAUAGCGUUAGUUAAAUUUAGCAAGGGUGCUUCUUUAAAGCCUAAAAAUGAGGCGUUCGCUUCAGGUGUGCAAAAAUCAAAAUUAGCAAUAAUAAAUGAUUUGAAAGAAAAUGGUAUUAAUAUGCAACAUUUGAGGGAGGAUGUAGAGGAUAAUGAUUAUAAGACAAUGCCUUAUCAAAAAUCAGUCGACAUUCAAAAAGAAACACCUGAUUUUAAAUCAGACACUGCUAGGUCUAUAUACACGCAAUGUAAAAAACAAGAUGUCCAAAGAGUGUUUAAUUUAAAAGUACACGAUGGUAAAGGCUAUAAAAUAAUUCCAGCAACUGCGAGUGAUGUUAAAGAAUAUUUGCAAGAUAAAGAUUAUUUCAAAAUGAAAGAACAAAAUGCAAAGGAAUGGAAAAAAUUAAGAAGUGAAAUGAAUAAAAAAUUAGCUGAAAAAGAAGCUUUCGAAAGAUUCGAAAAAGAAGCUAAGGUAUUGGAAGAAAAAAAUACAAUUAGACAAUAUUGCGAAGAACAAGUAAUAUUGAUUGGCAGAUAUUAUCAGAAUAACAAAAUCGAAGAUGUAAUAAGAUUUUCCGAAAACUUUAUAAAAUAUUUAAAUAAAAAACCUGAUAAAAUGCUACCGAGAAAAUGGAUUUAUUUGGCAACUGCUUUUAAUUAUUUAGGAAGAGCUUACAUUGAAAAAGAAGAUUUUGACAAAGCAAAGGCUUUUGGAGAAAAACUUUAUAAAGUAGCCAUUUCUUCGGCUAACAGUGAAUUAAUUACACAGAGCUACAUUUUAUCAGGUAAAGUUUAUGUAAAAUUUAGAAAAUUCGAAGAAGCUGCCUUUGUAUGGGAGAAAUUAAUUCCAAUGAUAGAAAAUAGCGAAAAGAAAGCAUGGCUUUUCCAUGAAAUUGGUAGAUGUUAUUUUGAAAUGGGAAAAUAUGAUACAAGUCACAAGUUUGGGGUAGAUUCUGAAUUUUGGGCAACCAAAUGCUCCAAUUCAAAAUGGAUUUGCUCAGCCAAAGUUUUACAAGGACAAUGUGAAAUGAAAAAAAAUAAUUAUACCAAUGCAUAUAAACUAUUUGUCGAAGCUAAACAUCACGCAGAGAUAGUAAACGAUGAAAGUAUUCUAAAAUAUAUAACAUCGAUUGAAGAUUUACUUUUUUCAGCUUUACCAAAGCUAACCACAACUGAAUCAGAAAAAUUUGAUGAUUCUUGA